AUGCUUUAAUCUUUAUACACUAGAGAUGUUCGAUUAGAAAAAAUGAAAAAAGAAAAAAAAGAUUACAAUGUUUAGGGAUAUUAUUCAGCUAGAUGCUAAUCGAUUGCUUUGAUCAAUGCUUCUAGGAGAACUUAUGGUGCAUAGGACCACUUUCUCCGCAAAGCAAGAACUCCAAUGACAAGCAUCAGUGCCUCAAGUGGCUUGAUUCAAAGAAGCAAAGCUCUGUCUUGUAUGUUUGCUUUGGCAGCCUGUCAUAUUAUAACUAAGCAACUUAUAGAGCUUGCUUUGGGAUUAGAAGCAUCAAUGCGUUCUUAUAUUUGGGUUGUAAAGGAAGGAGAUUAUACAGCAGAAUUAGAUAAAUGGCUAGUCGAAGAGCAGUUUGAAGAAACAGUUAAAGAUAUAGGUCUUGUUGUUAGAGGAUGGGCGCCACAAGUGCCAAUAUUAUCUCAUCCAGCAAUUGGAGGAUUCUUGACCCAUUGCGGUUGGAAUUCAACACUUGAAGGGAUUUCUUCAGGUUUGCCAAUGAUAACUUGGCCUAUGUUUGCUGAGCAAUUGUUUAAUGAGAAGUUAAUAGUACAAGUUUUGAAGAUUGGUGUUAGGAUUGGAGUUGAGAUACCUAUGAAAUGGGGAGAGGAAGAAAAGCUUGGAGUGAUGGUGAACAAGGAUGAGAUAAAGAAGGCUAUAGAUCAGUUGAUGGAUGAAGGAAGUGAAGGCGAAGAUAGAAGAAGAAGAGCUAAAGAGCUUGGAGAAAUGGCCAAGAAAACAGUUGAAGAAGGUGGUUCCUCUUACUUGAAUAUGACAUUGAUUAUCCAACAUGUUAUAGAAGAGGUCACUAAUGGCAAUCAAUCAAAUUAUACUAUAUAGGAUGUGUAGAGGUUAGCUUUCAUUAGCUUCUUGAUUUAUGUAGUGCAAUAACUAAUUAAUAG